AUGUUUAUUAUCUUAGCGCUAGUUUUAGUAGCGAGCUCAAUUCCGCCGGAAAACCACGCUUUGACAACAACAAUGACAAAAGAUCUAAAAGUUGUAGUUUCAUCCAACGAUUAUCCCGCGAGUGGGUUGAAAGUUCUUCAGGAACAUUUCACAGUUGUACAAAGCAAAUAUAACCAUUAUGGGAAGGAGGGUAUAACAGAGAACAAGGAGGAGCUCAUGAAGAUUCUUCCUGGAGCGUCAGCCCUGGUGUGGAUUUCUCAUCAUCCCAUCACGAAGGAACUGCUUGAUAUAGCUGGACCUCAGCUUAAAAUAGUAAGCACGGUAUCCGCUGGGUACAAUCACUGCAAUGUACCGGAGUUGAAAGCGCGCGGCAUUAAACUAUCCAAUACACCAGAUGUUCUCAGCUCGGCCGUCGCAGAAAUCGCAGUUGCCCUAAUUUUGGGUGCAGCGAGACGGUUAACGGAAAACCUUGAUCAAGUCCGCAGAGGCGACUGGGAGAUCGGUUUCCAAAAGACUCUAGGACAGGAUGUGAGAGGAAGUACCGUCGGAGUUAUAGGACUCGGUGGAAUUGGACAGGCGACUGUGAAAAGAUUGGCAGGGUUCGAAGUAGAGAAGUUCCUUUACACCGGACAUAGAGAAAAACCGGAAGCGAAGGCUCUUAAUGCGGAGUUCGUAUCUCUGGAUAAUCUUCUGAGCCAGAGCGACUUCAUAAUCCUUGCUGUUCCCUUGACCGAUGAGACUCGUCACAUGAUAAACAAAACAACCAUCGCUAAGAUGAAGAAGAACGCUAUUAUUGUUAACGUAGGCAGAGGAGACCUGAUAGAUCAAGAUGCUUUAUACGACGCUCUGAAGAACGGAGACAUAUACGCGGCCGGUCUUGACGUGACCACGCCCGAACCGCUACCUAAAGACCACAAACUAUUGUCACUACCAAACAUAUUCAUUCUUCCUCAUAUCGGUAGUGCUACAGAACGCACGCGGAGCGAUAUGGGAGUACUCGCCGCUAAUAACGUGAUCCGUGCUCUCACUGGGAAACCUCUUUUAUCACCCGUACUAGAAUAA